AUGGACGAGCCUCGUUACCUUCAGGGUCUGCACGUGCUCUGCCUCUGGCGCGAGAAGGAGGCUGGACCGGUACAAGUUGAAGCGCAGCUGAAUGGAGUCAGAGAGGAGCACCCUAUGAAGUCAGAGCUGCCGCCAGAGGUGGCGAACGCAGACUGGGGAUCCUUCCGGAAGAGCCUCCAACAGCUGCUUCACAUCAACAAGGCCACCAACCAGUGGGGCAACUUCCACCUGAAGCAGCCCUUCGGCCUCUUCGCGGCCGACGGCCGCCGCCUCGCCUCCGCAGACGAGGUCCUGGCUACCCAGCUUGUGCUCCUCAUCGAGGGCGGGCAGUGGUUCUGGCCUCCUGUGCGGAUUGGCUAUUUGCGGGCCCUUCCUGGCACGACUUAUGAGCUGGAGACGGUGUCCGUUCAGCCGGUGGUCUUCCGCGUUCGAGGCUUCCUGCGGCCGGAGGAGUGCCAGACCAUCAUUGCCAUGGGGGAGGCCAACAUGUCGGAGUCGCCCAUCGUCCCCAUGGACACGCAUCACCGAGAUAAGGACACAAAGGAGUUCCGCACCAGCACGCAAGCUCGUCUGGACAGCAACCAGAGCCCGCUGCUCGUGGAACUGGACCAUCGCAUCAGCAACCUCACGCGUGUGCCAGUGUCCCACAAUGAGGAGGUGCAGAUCCUGAGAUACCGGCUGGGCGAGUUCUAUGCCGCCCACACAGACAAUUUCGACCCGCAGUACUAUCAGAAUACCGUUGAUUACAUCGACAAGGGCCACCGCAACCGCCUGCUCACCGUCUUCUGGUACCUGACCAAUGUCAGUCAGGGUGGGGAGACGCUUUUUCCGCGGGCGAACGCUUUGCCACAACCCGAGGACAUGCACUCCUGUGAGAAGGGCCUGAAAGUCCAACCGGAGAUUGGCUCGGUGCUGCUUUGGUAUUCCCUACGUCCCAACGGGAACUCGGAUCCGAACAGCCUCCACGCCUCCUGCCCAGUGCGUGAGGGCAAGAAGUGGUCUGCAAACUACUGGGUUUGGAACAAGCCCCGCGACUUCGAGAUUGACCUGCCAGAUGCAGAGUACGAUGAUGAGUACGGGGGCGAGUCUUCAGUGGCAACGGAGGGCGACCCCGUGCCGCAAAACAACGUCAGCGCCACUUUCGAGAAUCGGCACCCCGAGACGGUGUACCUGUUCUGGAAGCCCCCGGAUCGGGCGCAGGAGGCCUUUAUGGGUGAGAUCCAACCCCAGGCGUCCAUGAAGAUGUACACUUACCCGGGCCACAUUUGGCACUUCCGAAGCGGCGUCGACCAAUCCUCUACGCUGCUUUACGUGCAGGAAAUCUUUGAGGGCGAAGCUGAGCAGAUCUUUAUUCUGGGAGGCGAAGAUCUUGGGGAGAUGCCCGAGGUCCUUGACAGGGAGGUGCUGGCAGGCUCCAGACGCCUGGAGAUGACAUCUGCCGGCGGGAUGCAGGCGCCGAGUUUGGCGCCGGGCCCAGCGCAGAGCGCGCAGGUUCCUCUGAAUUCCGAGGAGGUGGCUGCUGUGCAUCCCGGAGCGCUCUAUCAGAACGACUACAUGACACUCUGGAACGACAGCAACGACCCCGUCUCGGCUGUGCUGCGCGUGGUCACACCUGAUCGCUUCGAGCUCAAGGUGUCCCAGCUCGAUUCCUUGGGCGGCGGCAGUGAUGGCUGGGUUAUCUUCAGGAGUGGCUUCACGGUACACGACAUCCCCGACCAGCCUCACCGCAAACGUCUGCAGCUCCACAAUGUCAGGGAUGUGAAGGUCCUCGACUAUGAUGAGUCGAAGUUCGAGCGCCGUGCCAACCUGAUGCUUGGCAUUCUCAAGCGCUGCUCCUGGGUGCUGAUGGGUGCCUUCCAGCUCGAAUUGGACCUGAAGAAGAACCAGGUGGUCUGCGGACCCAGGGCCGCCCUUCUCAAGCCCUUUUGGGAGACGACUGUGGCAUUGGUGAAGACGACUGAGGCGAGCAUGUGGAUCUUCAAUCCGCACCCCUCGAGGGCGCUGGUUACCGCCUAG